AUGCAGAUUGGGCACCCCACGGAUGUGAAGCACGUGGCUCACAUUGGACGGGACGGACCAUCCGUAGAUUCACCAAGCUGGAUGCAGGAGUUCAAAUCACCAGCAGGAUCUCAAUCAGCACCAUUAGGUGCCCCUACAGAUUCUCAAGGAAACCCGGAAAUCAAAUGGGUUUCUGAAGAUUCUAGCAGAAGGGGUAGAAGAACUAAAAAUUCUCCAGCCAGAGACCUACCAGAAUUGCCAAAAUCAUCAAGACGCCAUUCUUCCACAGACAAUUCAUCAACUACUGAAUCCUCAUCCACCAAAUCAAGGCAGUCACGGCGACACCAAUCAACGGACUCAUCGGAGACCAUUAAAACAACAGGGGUACCCCUUGAGGCGAACCUUGAACCCGAAUCACCAUCGAGACACUUGCCGGACAUUCCAAAAAAGUCACGACGAAAGAAGUCCAAGGAAUCUAACAGUGGUGGGUCAUCGAGAUCAAGAAGGUCCAAAGGCACCACAUCUUGUACUUAUACAUCUCAAUUGUCAGAUCCUGGACCUGAAAUUGGAACUAUAGUAAGAUCUAAUAGCGAUGAGACAAGAGGAUCCAGAGAAGGCAAGUAG